AUGAACCAACCUGUCAUCCUUUAUGCCUUAGAACGGCGCCAAAACGGCGCCAAGAAUGUGUUUCUCACUAAGUCAGAUGUAGAGGGCAUCAUCCGGAUCAAGCAGGGCGACGAGCAGGCGCCCUCAGGCCGGCGGCGGCGGGGUGCGGGAGGGGGGGCGGCAGUGCAGGGCGGCGCCAAGAACUACAGCAAGAAGGUGCUGCAGUUUUUCCAGGUGCUGAAGGGCGCUGGCGGUCAGGACAUCCUGUGCCGCUGCGUCAAGCGCAGCGGAGAGUGGCGGUGGUGCCCCGUGGUGCCGCUCGAGGAGCUGCCCCGAGUGAUCAAGGAGCACCACGAGCGGGCGACUGGCUUCAGCGGUGUGGAGAAGCUGUACACACAUCUGGGCCGCAACCGCAUCGUGUGCCGCGUGGUGGAGAUCAAGCGGCCCUUUGGCGUGACCAUGUACCGGCUGCGGAGCGGAGCUGGAGUGGUGGAGGGUAUGCAUCAGGCCAGCAGGCUAUCUAAGGCGCCACCCAGCCUGGCCAGCGAGCUGACCUUCAGCGGCACGGCGCAGCGAGGAGUGCCUGUGGUGUCUCUCAAUGUGGCGAUGGCGGCGCAGCCCGGCGGCGGCAAGGCAGCCGUGCGCUGCGGCUGCCGCGGCGCCUGCACCCGGAACUGCAGCUGCAAGAAGAAUGAAUUCCAGCCGCUGGGGCCAGGGCAGGGCGAGUCCUUGCUCUACAACCUGUAUGCCAACACGUCGUUGUAUGGCGUGUUCAUUGCGGGCCUUUCGUUUGGCACGCCGCCGCAGCCGCUCAACGUCAUGAUCGAUACCGGUUCUGGCGUCACGCACCUGGCUGGCGCCGGCUGCGGCAGCACCUGCGGCCUGGGCCUGAGCGAGGCAGACGGCUACAACCUGUCUGCGAGCAGCACGGGGGUGGUGGUGGGGUGCGGCGACGAGUGCGGCUGCAUGCAGUGCCAGUGCGACACGCUGGGCUCAGGGGAAGCCUCGUGCAGCUACCAGCUUUUCUAUGGCGAGUCGCUGCUGGAAGGGCGCCUGCAGAUUCUGGAAUCGUGGCCUUACCUUUCCGACGGCUCCUCCAGCAGCGGCCUGCUGGUCAGCGACCGCGUGACGCUGGCCAAUGGCAGCGGCUUCGAUGUCGACAUGAGGUUUGGCGUGGAGCAGCGGCAGACGGGCGUGCUGCAGAGCAUGGGGCUGGUGGGGCUGCUGGGCCUGGACCGCUCCUCCACCUCCUUUGUCGGCCAGCUGCGUGAGCAGAACCUGAGCAACCGCGUGGCGUUUGCCACCUGCUGGGAGCUUGACUUUAACGGCACGCAGCAGGGCAGCCCCGAAACGGUGGCCAACUCCUACCUGCUGCUGGGUGCCCCCGACUCGAUGCUGGAGGCGCUGGAGCCGCAGUGGGCGCCAGCCCUGCCCGGCUCCAAGUGGAAGGUGCAGCUGGAGGGCAUCGAGGUGCGGGGCGAGGGCGGCGGCACCAUGGAGCAGGAGCUGGCGGACGACUUCCUGCUGGGGGAGGAUGAUGUCGUCGUUACUGUCGACGGCGGCGGCAGCAGCAGCAGCAGCACUAGUAGCAGCAGUGGCAGUAGUAGCGGCAGUGGCAGUAGCAGCGGCAGCGAAAGCAGCAGCAGCGGCGCAUCCUUCUCCGAGACGGGCAACACGAUUGUGGACAGCGGCGCCACCUACACGCGCCUGCCCGAGGCCGCCUACGACCGCCUGCAGCAGCUGGUCAUUGCGGCGGCGGCGGCGCGGGGCCACACCGCCCUCGUCUCCAACCGCAGCUCCACCACGUGCUGGGAUGGGCUGACACCGGGGGCCCUGACCAGCAACGCCACCGAGCUGGCGCUGGCGUUUCCCGAGAUAGAGUUCCGGUUUGGCGGCAACGCCUCGUUUGUGGCCUCGCCCCUGGGGUACCUGGUGGCGCCAGACACAGGCGGCGCCCACCUGGUCUGCCUCUCCAUCUUCCCCUGGCGGGACCCCGUGGUGCUGCUGGGCGCCCGCCUACGGCAGCGGGUGCUGACGAUACACGACGACACGGGGGAACGGGUGGGCUUUGCGGCCGCCGACGACUGCCAAGAGCUGGCGGCCCUGUGGGCGGAAGCGGAAGAAUCCUGA